AUGGGAGUAGCCGCAGGGGAGGCGCAGGAGCACUGGAGAACCUUCAGUGCGAACAUGGCUUCACGCCUUAGGGAGGCUGCGAGAGGAGAGCUGAAUCAAGAGGACGAAGAGACGGUAAAACUCGUCUCAAACUUGCAGAAAGCCUUCAAGGAUCGUGGCCCGAAAGGCGUAAAUCUUCAGCUCGAGAACGCCUUCCUAGGACAUCUUGCGUCGACGAUAUCAUUCUCCAAGGACGACUACCAGAACCAGAAAGCUUUGGCCGACCUGCGAUACCCUUCCGAGUGGUAUCCUGCUACCCGUAAGCUGCAACGGAAAAUCAUCCUGCACGUUGGUCCUACGAACUCUGGCAAGACAUAUCAUGCGCUGAAGCGCCUGGAGGAGGUGGAAUCGGGAACUUAUGCAGGACCGCUACGCCUCUUGGCCCAUGAGGUAUACACUCGUAUGAAUGCCAAGGGAGUCCCAUGCGCGCUUAUUACUGGUGAAGAAAGGCGGCGGCCUGGAAGCGAAGAACCCCCAAAUCACGUCUCCUGCACCGUUGAGAUGAUUCCACUCCACAUGAAGAUGGAUGUCUGCGUCAUCGAUGAAAUCCAGAUGAUUGGUGAUCUUGAGCGUGGCUGGGCCUGGACCCAAGCCGUGCUGGGAGUGCGGGCGAAAGAGCUCCAUCUCUGCGGUGAAGCAAGGACUGUACCCUUGAUCCGCGAACUAGCUGCUUCCAUGGGUGAUGAAGUCGAAGUUAACCACUACAACCGUUUGACAUCUCUGGAAAUGGACGACGCGCAUGUUGGCCUCGACUUUAAAAAACUCCGCAAGGGGGAUUGUAUCGUUGCUUUCUCUGUCAUGGAAAUCCAUGCCUUACGCCAACAAAUCCAAAAGCAGACAGGCAAGAAGGUUGCUAUUGUUUAUGGCAGUUUACCUCCUGAGACACGCGCACAACAGGCCAGGCUGUUCAACGAUCCUGAUAGCGGAUAUGAUGUUCUGGUUGCCAGUGACGCCAUCGGCAUGGGAUUGAAUCUGAGCAUCAAGCGCAUCAUCUUUGCAUCCGUCUAUAAAUUUAACGGCUUCGAGGAAGUAGCCAUUUCGAUACCGCAUUUGAAGCAGAUUGCUGGAAGAGCAGGGCGUUACAAGACGGCACAUGAAGCAAAUAAAGAGGCCGAGCAGGCUUCGAAGAGCUCCAAUACUACCAAUAUUCCAGUUACUACUCUGGAAGAUGUCGCCUCAAAGAAUGCUCCCCAGGACCUCGAGAAAGGACAGUUUGAGUUUGCGGAGCCAAAACCCGGGGGCGGCCUGGUAACCACUAUUGAAAGAUCACACAUGACCUUCGUGCGGAAGGCUUUGAACGCAGAACCCGAAGCGAUCAAGACAGCAGGUCUAUUUCCGCCAGAUCCAAUCAUUGAGCGCUUUGCCAAUUAUUUCCCCCCGGCAACGCCAUUCAGCUACAUCCUCCUGCGCCUGCAUGACAUUUCUCGCAUUCACACCCGAUUCCACAUGUGCGUCUUGAAAGAUCAGCUGACCAUCGCUGACACUGUCCAGCCCGUUGAAGGCCUUUCAGUCUUGGAUAAGGUCACGUUUUGCGCAGCCCCUGCCAAUAUAAAGACGCGGACGGGCAGAACAGUUCUCUACAAUUUGGCAAAGUGUGUGGCAGACCAAAAGAACGGUGACUUGCUGGAUAUCGAAGGUUUCAAUUGGAGCCUUCUAGACCGACCUGUAACCGCCGAUCGCAACCAUCUUCGGGAACUGGAGGAACUUCACAAAUCAAUUGUGCUCUACCUUUGGCUGAGUUAUCGGUUUAGCGGCGUCUUUUCCACGAGAGCUCUGGCAUUCCACGCAAAGAGCGUGGUUGAGGAUGCGAUAGAAGCGACGCUCAAUGAGCUCACGAAGACUCAAAUGACGCUCAAGAAGAUCCGAUCCAGGGAGCGCACGAGAGUGGAGUCAAGGGCAGAGGAGUUCAGCGAAGAAUUGCAGAGAGCCGAAGAAGCCGAUAAGGAACAACAAGAGAACCAAACGGAGGAAAUAGUGGUGCCGGCGGGAAGUCGGUAUGAAGAGGCAGACAUCCUUGAUGGUGCUGAAGAUGGUCAUGAGGUGGAGCCGACAGAUGUCACACACGAGGCGGUGCUCGAAGAUGUCGCAGAUAAGAGCAUGGAGGCUGAACCCGCAAUGACACUCAGGAAGGCGGGGCCUCAAGAAGAAGAAGAUGACGACGAUCGGGACUGGACCCAUGAUUUGGAGGUCGAUGAGGGUAAUAGACGGAUGAACGAGUCUGUGGAUGCAAGAGGAACGGAUACGAAUACGGCCCCUGGUCCGUAA